AUGGAAGGCUGCAAGUCCGGUGAGACCCAAGAGAAGGUGGAGGAUCUGUACAACAUCAGCAGCAGCUUCCUCCUGUUGGGCAUUGUGGAGAUGGAGAGGUUAAAUUACCUGUACUGUGCCCUCUCGCUCCUGGCCUAUCUGUUUAUCCUGCUGUGCAGCACCAUCAUCAUCCUCGUGGUGUUGCAAGAAGAAAGCCUCCAUGAGCCAAUGUACACGCUCAUUGCCAACCUCGUGCUCAACGGCAUCUUCGGCAGCUCCACCUUCUUCCCCAAACUAACUGUCGACUUGCUUUUAUCCUACAAGGAGAUUUCCCGCGCCGGCUGCUUGAUUCAGUCUUUCUGCGUCUUAUUUUUUGGCUACUGUGAAAUUUCCCUAUUCGCCAUCAUGGCGUAUGACACCUACUGGGCCGUAUGCCACCCAUUACAUUACGCUGCCAUCAUGACCAACAGGAAGAUCCUGAGACUGGUUUUGGCUUCUUUGUUCAUGAAUUGCCUCCUGGUGGGCACCGCGGUGCUUCUCUCGGCCAGACUCCCUCUUUGCGGGGUUCACAUCAAGAGCGUUUUUUGCGACAACACCGCCCUCUUUGUUCUCUCCUGCGUAGACACCUCCGUCAAUAAAAUAUUUGGGACGAUAAACUUUACUUGUUUUUUAAGUGUCCACCUAUUGCUUAUUGCCUAUUGCUACGUGCGGAUCUUCCUGACCUGCCUCAAGGUUUCCGAAAACGCCGGUAGGAAAGCGGCUCACACCCUGGUCACCCACCUACUCAACUUCUCAAUCUUCCUGGUCGCCACUUUAUUCAUUUUUAUUCGCUACCGAUUGGGGGACAUUAACAUUCCCGUCAUUGUCCAUGUCAUCCUCUCUGCAUCAGGUUUAAUCUUCCCUCCCCUGCUCAACCCUCUCAUAUACGGGGUCCGGACUAAAGCCCUGAAAGUCAAAGUGCUCUGUUACCUGCAAAGAACAAAUAUUUUGGUUUAUAAUUAA